AAGCUCUUCGUCGCCUCGCUCAGCUUCGACGUGACCGAGGGCGACUUGCAGGAGCUGUUUGCCCCGUUUGGGCGGCUCACCGAGUGCCGCGUCGCCACCAGCCGCGAGACGGGACGCUCCCGCGGCUAUGGGUUUGUCAGCUUUGCUGACGCGAGCGACGCGGCGGCUGCGUGUCGCGAGCUGACCGGCCGAGAGGUGCGCGGCCGAGCGUGCCGAGUCGAGGUGAGCCAGCCCCGC